GUAAAAACUAGCACAGAAGAAUCAGGAUGAAAAGAUGGCAACCUUGUUGUUACCAGCGGGUCCUGACAGCUUGCACCGGUUCACUCGUGAAUCCCUGGCUGCUAUUGAGAACCGCAUUGCCGCGGAGCAGGCCCGGAACGCCAAGCAGGAGUACCGAGAGGUUCUGGGAGACCAGGAAAAGCCACGGGCACGACCCGACCUCGAGGCCAGCAAGCAGCUGCCGCGCAUAUACGGGGACAUCCCUUCCCAGCUCAUCGGAGAGCCUCUGGACGAUCUUGACCCUUUUUACAACUGCAAAAAAACAUUUAUAGUACUGAACAAAGGAAAGGCGAUCUUCCGAUUCAAUGGCACAUCUGCACUGUACAUAUUUAGUCCUUUCCAUCCAAUCAGAAGAGUUUCAAUUAAAGUUUUAGUGCAUUCAUUGUUCAGUUUGUUCAUAAUGUGCACUAUUCUGACCAACUGUGUGUUCAUGGCCAUGUCUGAACCAUAUUCCUGGGCCAAGUAUGUUGAGUACACUUUCACUGGCAUUUACACUUUUGAAUCCCUGAUAAAAAUCCUGGCGAGAGGAUUCUGCAUUGGCCCCUUUACCUUCCUGCGAGACCCAUGGAAUUGGUUGGAUUUCAGUGUUAUUCUCAUGGCAUAUGUUACUGAGUUUGUGGACCUGGGCAAUGUCUCAGCCUUAAGAACGUUCAGAGUACUGCGAGCCCUGAAAACUAUCUCUGUCAUUCCAGGCUUGAAAACCAUUGUAGGCGCACUAAUCCAGUCGGUGAAAAAACUGUCUGACGUAAUGAUUCUGACAGUUUUCUGCCUAAGUGUGUUUGCCCUCAUCGGUCUUCAGCUCUUCAUGGGCAACCUUCGUCAGAAGUGUGUCAGAGACUUUGAGAAAUUAAACACUUCCCUCAACGGCACCUUCUACUGGGGGGACGACUGGCCGUCCUAUGAGAAUUUCAUCGAUAAUGAAACCAACUUCUAUAAGAUAGAAGGAGCCAAGGAUCCUUUACUAUGUGGAAAUGGGUCUGAUGCUGGGAAUUGUCCUGAUGGAUACGUUUGCAUCAAGACAGGAGACAACCCAAAUUACGGCUAUACCAGUUUCGACACCUUCGGCUGGGCCUUUCUUGCUCUGUUUCGCCUCAUGACUCAAGACUACUGGGAAAAUCUUUAUCAACAGACUCUCCGAUCCGCGGGUAAGACCUACAUGAUCUUCUUCGUGCUGGUCAUCUUCUUGGGUUCCUUCUACCUGGUCAACCUGAUCCUGGCUGUGGUGGCGAUGGCUUAUGAGGAGCAGAACCAGGCGAGCAUCGCGGAGGCCCUGCAGAAAGAGAGGGAAUUCCAGGAGGCCAUGGAACGGCUGAGAAAGGAACAGCAGGCAAUUGCUAACAUCGCACAGGAGACUCCUGCAGUGUCACCGCUCACCUUGAAAGACAUCAAGGAUAGAAAGAAUUCGAAACAAAGGCAGCAGAGUCACUCAGAGGAGAAUAGAGAGGAUGGAGAGGAAGAGGAGAGAUCACAGUUAGACUGUGAUGACAACCCACCGAAGACUCACCCGUGCAUUAGCCGGGCGCUCCUCUCUGCCAGCAGAAGGGGAAGCCAUGGAAGCAUCUUUCAUUUCCGCCCCCGAAACAAGGACUCCGAGGCGGAUUUUGCGGAUGAUGAGUACAGUGUGCCGGGGGACAGCGACAGCCGCACAGGUUCACUAUUGGUACCCUGGUCCAGGAGGAAGAACAGCAGCCUAAGCAUAGCCAGCCAUUGCUCUCAAACCAACAUCCCUAGCCUGACCAUCAACGGGAAGUUGAACAUCCAUAUGGAUCACAAUGGAGUGGUGUCUUUGGGGCCCCCUUCAUCACUAACCCUGCCUGCAGUGAUGGUGGAUCUGCCAACGACGGAAGACAACCAGAAAACCUUCCCUGAAAAUGAAUUUAGCAGCAGGCAGAAUGCUCACCGGCUGUCCGUGGAUACCUGGGGCGAGACAUUCCAGAGAGAACGAGCUCUGAGUGCAGCCAGCGUUCUCACCAACGCCAUGGAAGAACUGGAAGAGUCUCAUCAGAAGUGCCACCCCUGCUGGUAUCGCUUUGCACAGAGGUAUCUCAUCUGGGACUGCUGUCCGCUGUGGCUGAGGGUGAAAGAAAUGGUGAAUAUCGUGGUGAUGGACCCCUUUCUCGACCUGGCUAUUACCAUCUGCAUCGUCCUCAACACCCUCUUCAUGGCUCUGGAGCACUACCCAAUGACAGAUGACUUUAGCAAAAUGCUGUUUGUGGGUAACCUGGUGUUCACUGGAAUCUUCACUGCGGAGAUGCUGUUUAAAAUCGUUGCCAUGGAUCCCUACGAAUACUUCCAGCAGGGCUGGAACAUCUUUGACAGCAUCAUCGUCUGCCUCAGUCUGAUGGAGCUGGGUCUCUCCAAUGUGGAAGGGCUGUCUGUGCUGCGUUCUUUCAGACUGUUACGGGUCUUCAAGCUGGCAAAGUCGUGGCCAACCUUGAACACGCUGAUUAAGAUCAUCGGGAACUCUGUAGGUGCCUUGGGGAACCUGACCCUGGUUCUGGCCAUCAUUGUCUUCAUCUUUGCCGUGGUGGGAAUGCAGCUGUUUGGGAAAAGCUACACUGACUGUGUCUGCAAGAUCAAUAAGGACUGCAAGCUGCCUCGGUGGCACAUGACAGACUUCUUCCACGCCUUCCUUAUCGUUUUCCGCGUUCUGUGCGGAGAGUGGAUUGAAACCAUGUGGGAUUGUAUGCAAGUAGCAGGGGAGCCCCUGUGUCUCAUUGUCUUCAUGCUGGUCAUGGUGAUUGGGAAUCUAGUGGUACUGAACCUCUUCCUGGCUUUGCUGCUGAGCUCAUUCAGUGCGGACAAUCUGACGGCCCCCGACGACGAUGGCGAGAUGAACAAUCUCCAGAUCGCUUUCGCGCGAAUCCACCGCGGCAUCGUAUUGCUCAAGAGCGCAGUUUACGACUUACUCAGCGGAGACUUCAAGAAGCGAAGGGAAAAGGCCAAGGAGGCCAACGCAAUGACCGCCCUCAACUACCUGGGCAACAACACAAGAGAGCCUGGCGCCAAGGACUGGAGGGAGGGCAACGGGACCACGGGGGGCAUCGGCCGAGAGAAGUACGUGCUCCCUGACACUGACAACUACAUGACCAACCCCAACCUGUGCAUCAACGUGCCCAUUGCUCCAGGGGAGUCCGAUGUGGAGCUCCCUGAAGAAGAUGCACAGAGCAUCUACAGCGACAUGGAGCUCAGUAAAGAGAAGCUGGAUGAGAUCAGCCUGUCUGAAGGCAGCACGGUGGACCUGAGGAAGCCUGGGGAGGACAAGGAUGAGGAUUCAGAACUGGACGAGGAGUCCCUGGACCCAGAGGACUGCUUUUCACACACAUGCGUACGUCAGUUCCCAUGCUGUGACAUUAACACCACAGAGGGAGUCGGCAAGACCUGGUGGACACUUCGAAAAACCUGCUUCAGAAUUGUGGAGCACAGCUGGUUUGAAACUUUUAUCAUCUUUAUGAUUCUACUCAGCAGUGGAGCUCUUGCAUUUGAAGAUGUCAACAUAGAAAAAAGAAAAGUGAUAAAAAACGUUCUGGAAUACGCAGAUAAGGUGUUCACCUAUGUGUUCAUUCUUGAAAUGCUCCUAAAAUGGAUAGCGUAUGGCUUUAAGAAGUAUUUCACCAAUGCUUGGUGCUGGCUCGAUUUUGUAAUCGUGGAUGUCUCUUUAAUAAGCCUUGUAGCUAGCACCCUGGGAUACUCGGACUUCGCAGCCAUUAAAUCUCUUAGGACUCUCCGAGCUUUGAGACCAUUAAGAGCCUUGUCCCGAUUCGAAGGCAUGAGGGUGGUGGUGAACGCACUCGUUGGUGCUAUCCCUUCUAUCAUGAACGUGCUUCUGGUCUGCCUGAUCUUCUGGUUGAUUUUUAGCAUAAUGGGGGUGAACUUAUUUGCAGGCAAGUUUGGAAGGUGUGUAAAUAGCACAGACCUAUACAUCUUCAAUGCUUCUGAGAUAAAUAACAAAACAGAAUGCGACACCUUUGGAAACGCCACCUACUGGACCAGAGUGAAAGUGAACUUCGACAAUGUUGGCGCUGGGUACCUGGCCCUCCUGCAAGUUGCAACAUUCAAAGGCUGGAUGGAAAUAAUGUAUGCAGCAGUGGAUUCACGUGGUGUAGAAGCCCAGCCAAUUAAGGAAAUCAACCUGUACAUGUACCUUUAUUUUGUAGUCUUCAUCAUCUUUGGGUCUUUCUUCACCUUGAACCUGUUUAUAGGUGUGAUUAUUGACAACUUUAACCAGCAAAAAAGAAAGAUAAGUGGACAGGAUAUUUUUAUGACUGAAGAACAGAAAAAGUACUACAAUGCAAUGAAAAAGCUUGGAUCCAAAAAACCCCAGAAGCCCAUUCCAAGGCCACAGAACAAAUUCCAAGGAUUCGUUUUCGACAUGGUGUCAAAGCAAGCCUUUGACAUCCUCAUCAUGAUUCUAAUCUGCCUGAACAUGGUCACCAUGAUGGUGGAGACAGAUGAACAGCCUAAACACAUGGAGAACAUCCUUCACUACAUCAACGUGGCCUUCAUUGUGAUCUUCAGUGUGGAGUGCUGCCUCAAGCUCAUUGCUCUCCGCUGCUACUACUUCACCAUUGGGUGGAACAUCUUUGACUUCGUGGUGGUCAUCCUCUCCAUUGUGGGACUUGUGCUUGCUGACCUUAUAGAAAAGUACUUUGUGUCGCCUACGUUAUUUAGAGUUAUACGACUUGCACGCAUUGGACGUGUCCUUCGACUAAUUCGUGGAGCCAAAGGAAUUAGAACUCUGCUUUUUGCCUUAAUGAUGUCUCUUCCUGCCUUGUUCAACAUUGGUCUUCUCCUUUUCCUUGUCAUGUUCAUCUAUGCCAUUUUCGGCAUGGCUAACUUUGCCUACGUGAAAAAGCACUAUGGGAUUGAUGACAUGUUCAAUUUCGAAACAUUUGGUAACAGCAUGAUCUGUCUUUUCCAAAUCACCACUUCGGCAGGGUGGGAUGGCCUCCUCAACCCUAUCUUGAACACCGAACCAGAGUGCGACCCAAAUUUUGAACACCCUGGAAGUACAGUGAAGGGGAACUGCGGGAACCCCUCCGUCGGUAUCUUCUUCUUUGUCAGCUAUAUCAUCAUAUCAUUUCUCAUCGUCGUCAACAUGUACAUAGCUAUCAUCUUGGAGAACUUCAGUGUAGCCACGGAGGAAAGCACGGAGCCUCUGGGCGAGGAUGACUUUGAUAUGUUCUACGAAGUCUGGGAGAAGUUCGAUCCCGAAGCCACGCAGUUCAUUGAGUACUGCAAGCUGGCCAACUUUGCGGAUGCCCUGCAGGAGCCGUUGCGGAUCGCCAAGCCCAACAGAAUAAAGCUGAUCUCCAUGGACCUGCCCAUGGUCAGUGGGGAUAAAAUCCACUGCCUGGACAUUCUGUUUGCUUUCACCAAAAGGGUUCUUGGGGAGUCUGGAGAGAUGGAUGCUCUGAAGCAGCAGAUGGAGGAGAAGUUCAUGAUGGCCAAUCCCUCAAAGAUCUCCUAUGAACCCAUCACAACCACUCUCAGACGGAAGCAGGAGGAGGUGUCGGCCAUCAUAAUUCAGAGGGCCUACAGGAGACACCUUCUCCGGCGCUCCAUGAGGCAGGCAUCCUUCCUGUAUCGCCACAGAUCUAGUGAUGGCAACAUUACUGUGGAGAACGCUCCUGAGAAGGAAGGUCUCAUAGCAUCCAUCAUAAAUAAAAACUAUGGCCAUCAGCUGGAAAUGAUCGAGACUAUGUCCUCCACCUCCUCUCCGCCAUCUUAUGACAGUGUCACCAAAGUCGCUAAUGACCCUCUACAAGUGCUAGUGACAGAUUCUAGAAACACUGGGCUCAGCGAACCCUGCACACAUAUUGACAGAGACAGGGAGACUUUUCUGUAACACUGGUUAUGAACUGCUUUACAUUAUGUUUACCGAAUGUAACAUAACUAAACUGACACUGACUUAGUCUUGUUCUACACUGAGUUACAAAACACAACCGCAGAGUUUAUUAUUAUUAUUAUUAUUAUUAUUAUUAUUAUUAUUAUUAUUAUUUAAAAACUUUUUUUGUCAACCACCUUGGUUGGAUAAAUGAAGGGAAUGUCUUCACAGAAGCUACCCUUUGACCCUGCUUAUGUUAACUAUGCUUAAUAUUUAUAUGCAUGAAGGACCUGUGCAGAGUCACUACAAGUAUAUCACUGAUGUAAUAAUCAUCUAUUGGGCUGAAAAAAACAAAACAAAUACAAGUUAUUUACAAACAAUGCCUGACUGUAUGCAUUCAUUGAAGGUCUUACUUAUAAUGGUACAUAAAAAUGUAUGACCUUACAUUUUAUCUAUCUAUCUAUCUAUCUAUCUAUCUAUCUAUCUAUCUAUCUAUCUAUCUAUCUAUCUAUCUAUCUAUCUAUAUAUAUAUAUAUAUAUAUAUAUAGUUCUAUAGCAAAAUGUAAUGCUUACUGUAUAUGUUAUUAUUGGUCUUUCAUAAAAUUAUUAUUAUAUUUGAUAUUUUUCUACUUAUAGAAAGGUUGUGUCUUUUUCCAUUGGGUAGCGAACCUUGUACCUACGUAAAGCAAGAUUCCUCAACAGGCAGUGUAGACGUAUUUAUCUGUCUGUGUACAGCUCUAUCCAAAUGUUUUGCAUCACCCUAUAGAAUCAACACAUUUUGCUUCAUAAAGUCAAUUUAAACCUGCUGAAUAAUGUUACAUUAACAUAUUGAAUUACAUACUGCUUUGUAGUUUUCCAUAAAUCUAACAUGAAAUAUUGUAUUACAAUUAUGGCUUCCAAUUGCGAUAUCAUUUUGUAGUUUCUUUGAUUACAUGAUGUUAAAUAAAACAUCUAAAUUAUGUUCAGAGAGAGAGAGAGAUUUUUUUUUUGUAUUAUGUCUCAAUCCUAAAAUUCGAGGUGAUGCAAAACAUUUGUGCCUAGCUGUAGGUACAGUAUAUGGUGGGUUGGGGUUACUGGGUAAGCUUUACAGUCACAUGUCUAUGCAUUGUGACGAUCUGCAGGGAAUUCACAUGUGCUGAAUAGUUUUUUGAAGCUGUAAGCAUGACAAUCAAGCCCUAUUCUCCUGCGCUUUGGUAAUGCAGAUUUCUUUUGAAUAGUUAAUGGGUCACAUGUUUAUCCAAUAUGAAAAGGCAUAAAGCCAUGGAUUUACCAUGGUGAAUGCAUGAUGUAUGUUUAGUGUGGAUGGGAAGCUUCCAGAGAGACUGCAUGUUAUUACAGCACUCUAAUACAAUAAGCACCUUUUACAAGGCUCUCUGAGAAAUGAUAUGCAUGAUGCUGAAUGAAGAAAACAAUUAGAAUCCAAAGCAGUGACAUAAACAGGAAAUGCUGUUUGAACUGUUUGUUGAUUUACGCUUCCAGAAUAAUUAGAGAAAAGAGGAAAAAAUGUCCAUUGUCAAGAGGAUAAUAACACAUUAAAAAAUAUGACAUUAUAUAAAUAUAUAUGAUAUGAUAAAGGUUGGCAUUCCAGUCUGACCAACUAAGCUUUAAAGGUAUGUAUGAUGAAUCCAGGAUGAUAAUGCAAUACUAAUAAUAAUAAAAGAAAAAUGAAGCAACUCCACUUUUGUGGUCAUAAUUCACAAGGGGUGAGUGAAACUUCAUUGACUUCAGGGCUGUCUAAACUAGCAAUAGCUUCAUCAUAUGUUUGUCUUAUCUAUGCCUGCUUUGUCAAGGAUUCUUUAGGUGGUCUGGUAGCCAUUCCAGACCACUGCAUUUACCAAAAAAAGAAAAACAAAACUUUUGUACAAUUUAUUAUCACUGUUCCAGGUCGACCACACAGACAUUGUGGAUUAUUUAUAAACCUAUCCCCGCAGCUUUCCUUUCUGAUGGAAAGGCCCUUGCAUCAAUAAUUCCCUUUUGGUGGAAAGAGUUAUUUAUCACGUUUGAAGAAGGACAAGUGGGGUGAGGGCUGGGGUGAAAACCCUUCUUUACCGAAAUAAUUCCCUUAUGGAAUGUGCAGGACACCACUGUUCGGUUUCAGUUGGUCUUCAUGACCAAAACCCAUUUAUCUUUUUCCACCACUGGAGAUUCAAAAACACUGCUGUUGAAAAAGUUGAGACUGUGAUAUUCAGAGGCAACCGAUUUCAAAACCUGAACCCCCAAUCAGGACCUGUAGCUCCCCAUGAAAAAACGUGAUCGAUGAUCACACUACAAAUGUGCACAAUGCACAAAUAUUGAUGUACUGCAGAAUCCUGGUAAAAAAAAAAAACCUGUGCUUUAACUCCCAGGCUCAAGAUGUUCUGUAUGAAAAGCAGACGUCUGCAUGAAACAACACCUCCUACUCUCGGUCGCUUAUCAGAUCCGUUGCUUAAACAGAUACAUACAAAGAUCAAAUCCAGUGUUUAAACAGAUCAACACAAAGCAAGUCAGCAACACAUGUUUAUUUUUUUUUUUUUUAUUUCUAUUGUAUGUAGAAUAAGACAGUAGAUUUUGAAGGAUAUGAUACAGAACACUUUAAGCAAAAUACUUGCAUUAUUGUUUCUAGGCUCCUUUUUGAUGACUUUCCUUUCCCCAGCAGUAAUGUUAAUACUAAUAUAUUAUUAUUAUUAUUAUUAUUAUUUAUUUCUUAGCAGACGCCCUUAUCCAGGGCGACUUACAAUCAUAAGCAAAUACAUUUCAAGUGUUACAAUACAAGUAAUACAAUAAGAGCAAGAAUGCAAUAACUUUUGUUCAAGCAAGGUACAAGUGUGACAAACCACAAUUCAAUAAUACAGCAGAUAAGUGAUAGUUACAUCAGGAUAUGAUUAAAUAGUGAUAGUUACAUCAGGAUGUGAUAUAAUACUGCAUUAAGGCCAGGAUUUUAAAAGCUAUCUUAUUUACUGUACUGCUGACAGUAUAUAGGAGGCUGUUGUCCAGUGGUUAAAGAAAAGGGCUUGUAACCAGGAGGUCCCCAGUUCAAAUCCCACCUCAGCCACUGACUCAUUGUGUGACCUUGAGCAAGCCACUUAACCUCCUUGUGCUCCGUCUUUCGGGUGAGACGUAAUUGUAAGUGACUCUGCAGCUGAUGCAUAGUUCACACACCCUAGUCUCUGUAAGUCGCCUUGGAUAAAGGCAUCUGCUAAAUAAACUAAUAAUAAUAAUAAUAAUAUUCUUAGAAUUAAUGCAAGUUAGUACAGUUUUGAUAAAGGUUUGGUGUAUUUAACCUGCUGUGUGCUUCGUUGUUUCAAGAUCAAUAGGCUAGUGCAGAUACUGUGAUACACUUUUAAAACAGCCCAUAAAAGAUCAAAUAAUUUUAAUAAACUGUACUGGCCUUUUAAAGGGCAAUUGCAGAAUUCAAGAAUUUCUGUUGCAGGAACCACGGAGCCCUGGCACAGAACUUGUAAAAAUGUGCCAUGCUUUUCACAGGGGACUAGCCCUGGAAGCCUGUACCACUCACAUUUAAGCACUUCACUCCUUCACUGAGAGUGGUUUGUUUAUGAGGGCGGAUCCAGAAGUGUUGCUAUUUCAGUUAUCCACCAUACACAACUAUGUGGCAAUCAAGUGUAAAAAGUGGUUGGUGUCAGGAUUCAUGCCCAGCUACAGUAGUUGCUCAACAACGUUCCUUGGAUUAGACUCAUCUUUGUGCACUCUGAAUAAUUGAAGGCAGCCUGGCAUAAAUAUCCUGUUUUUUUUAACAGGUGUCUGCAUUUAGUAUUUCCAGUAACCUUAGGCCUGUUACUGUUAAACAGCGGUUCCAAUGACGUGUCAGAAAUAGCAUGUAAACAAACCAUUCAAAUCAUCUUUGCUACUAAUAAAGCCAAUCCAGAAUAAACAAAUAAACCAAACUUAGCAAUAUAUUAUAUUAUAAUUAGGGCAGCAGUGUGGAGUAGUGGUUAGGGCUCUGGACUCUUGACCGGAGGGUUGUGGGUUCAAUCCCCAGUGGGGGACACUGCUGUUGUACCCUUGAGCAAGGUACUUUACCUAGAUUGCUCCAGUAAAAACCCAACUGUAUAAAUGGGUAAUUGUAUGUAAAAAUAAUGUGAUAUCUGUAUAAUGUGAAAUAAUGUAUAAUGUGAUAUCUUGUAACAAUUGUAAGUCGCCCUGGAUAAGGGCGUCUGCUAAGAAAUAAAUAAUAAUAAUAAUAAUAAUAAUAAUAAUAGCUACAAUGUGGAAGUCUGUUAUAACCAAUAUCCUGUUAAAAGAAAACCCAAAUUACUUUUUUUUAAUGUGUCUUCUAAGUAGCGAGACCACAGGGGAAGUCAUCUAAGCAGCAUGUCAAAGCAAACGUCAAACAAAGUGCAAUUAGUAAUAUAAAAGAAUGCUUACAUAUUGCAAAAACAUGUAGAGUUUUGACUGAAGAAUCUAUGCAAGAACUGGGUUGACUCAAAGACCAUUGACCUUCUGUAUGGUUAGAUGAUCGUGAAACGUAAGGCAGUGUGUUCUAAAAAGGCAAAGUGCUCAAAUCUUAAAAAAAACUUGCAAUUCUAGGCUGCUGAUAGAACAAGUUAUGGCACUAUUUAUUUGUUUAUUUUUGUUCAUUGUUUUAUUUUUAUUUUUGGAAGGGGUGGGAGAAGUCAGUGUAAUGCAACGUUGCAAUAAAAGAAAACAUAUGGUCUAUUCACUUGAUCUGAAUGGUUGCGGCUCUAGCGAACAUCAUCCUUAUCAUUAUAUACAGACCUCAAUGUGGAGUUUCAGACUGAAACACAAUACAGAGACUCCCAGCACUGUUAGAUUAAUGAUCACAGUGGUGGGAUUUGGAUCCACUGCUGUUUAUAUCAGUGUAAUAGACACCAUGAUGUUAAUACAUAUCCUUUGUUGUGUCUAAACAUAGAAAAUGAUCCUCAUUUAAGUUCAACGGCAAAUAACACAUGCAAAAAGAUUAUCGACGAGGAUUCAUUUGUGUAUAAUUAAUUUGAAUCUAGUACAUAUGCAAAGAUUUGUAAUAUACUGUAUUCAGAAUGUACAUUUAUUUUUGUGACAAUAGUAAAAUCUACUGUAUAUUAAUUAAUUUAUCCCUCAAAAAACAGUGCCUCUCAUGUCCUUGCACCACAAACUUGUUUACAAGCAGCUUUUCUAGAAAAGGAUCCGGGACAUAAAGCCUUUUUUUUGGCCCACAACUGGCUUGACAAAUUAAAUAUUUAUGCACAUAUAAAAUACCAAGCUGAUGCAUGUGUGCAGGUCUUUUCUGUAGCCUUUUACUUGAAACUUGACUAGGUAACACUUUACACUGUGUCUCGAAUUUCUGUGUAUUUACAGAGAAGUUACUUAGUAAAUAUAUGUGUACUUAUAUUUAAUUACAAUGUUAUUACGCAUAGUUACAAUGCACUUAAUGUGAAAAUCAUUUUGCACAUUAUAUGUAAGUGCACAAUUGUAUAAAAAAAAAAGGGUUAGGGUCAGUGUUAUAUCAUGCAAAAAGAUCGACACAUUAAGUACAUUGUAACUAUGCACAAUAACAUUGUGAUGAUGUGUAAUAAGCACACAUGUAAAUACACAGCAAUUGGAGACUUAAGGGUACAUUGCUGUAGAUAAGCCUCCAAGGAUAGAGGGCAGAUUUUGCACCUUUUUUUGCUGAUAUUUCCUUUCAGUCAGCCGUGGGCCAAACAAGGGACUUAUUUACACGCAUCCUGUCUGCCAAGCAGCAUAGAGUCAGUAUAAAGGGUUAUGAAGUUAAGCAGCUUUGUUUUGUCUUCACAUUAUGCUCAUAUUCAUUUGAAGGUGUUGCCUGUCGAUGGUAUUUACAGGCAGGUUUUCUUUAUACAGUUCUAUACAGCUGGUAUAAAACAGGGAACACAUUGUGUGUACAUGGUGAUUCUACAGAGCCGUUGUUUUUUCAAGGUAUUGUUUGUGGGGUUUUUUAGGCUGUUAUAAUUCUUACUUCUGUAAGUAAGCCCAAAUCCUAUUCUACAAAGUAACAGGAACAUUUAAAUAAAAGGUGGACCUACUGUACACUCCAUAAUAAUCUUUUUGAAAUGUGUCCUAUGUUGUAAUACUAAGAAUGUGCAUGCUAAUUGAGAUUGUUUAGAUUUUGGAUGACUAGGUUGAAACUGAUAUUACACCAUUAACUCCAACAGUGCGUGCCUGGUUUGAAGACGCACAUGCUGUAACUAUUUAAGAUACUGGCCUUAAAUAGUAUGCAUCUAUUUCCUGUAUAUUACUUUCCCAUUUAGGUAAUAAAAUCAAAUCAAACACAGCAAUUGU